AUGAAGGAGAGCACAGAAAAAUCCUUUGAUAUAGUCCUCAUUGAACUCCGCACUGGUGUCGUAUUUUUCACAUUUAGCCUGGCUUUGGCCCCAAUUCUACAUUCAUUGCUUGAUACCGUGAGCACUGACUCUAUUCAUGCUCUGGCUUUUUGCUUGCUUCUUGUCAAUUGGAUCACCUUUGACUAUCCACUUAGCCGGGCGACCCCCUUCUCCACAACCGGAAGUAGGAUUCGCCAGCCCGGGUCGGAUGCAAUCUCACUGACAGCCGCUCUCUUGGCAUCACUCUGUCUGGCAAGUCGGCUUCCUGGGCCUUUACAUACUUUUGUGCUGGUUUCUGUUGCCAUUGCACUCUUUGCUCUCUGGCCACUUGUAUCCAGACGCUUUCGGGUUCAAUGGGGUGACUAUGGCGAACUUGGAAUCACUCUUCUCCUCGGUAUGACUGCUAACUUGUUGGCUUGGCACCUUAAUCAUUAUUCCAAUCUAAACAAGUUUUCAAGUCAUGAAAGGGAGGAUGAAGAGGCUAGUUACCAAUGGAUGCUUUGGUUCGCAAGUUUUGGUACUCCGCUUUGCCUUAAUUUUAUCGGACCCUUUCUUUUUUGGAUGGCGCAGAGCCUUAGGAGUCUAGCCUCAUCACACUUCCCAUUCAUCCCGACCACUCUCUUUCGAUCGGCUGAUCCGACUCGGGCCUCCAAUCCGGAUCCCCCUCAUGGUCCCGUAGAUCCGUUCCUUAUUUUUCUGGUUCACCGAUUUCACUCGGUUCCAGCGCCUGGAGUGAAAUGCACACUGGGACUGGAACCGAGUGAAAACGGUCCACCAAAAAUGUAA